AUGACCCAAUUGGAACGGCAGAGCAGCAAGAUUAAACACCGUACAGAUGUUCUUUCUAGUCCCACAAAUCGAGCUCUCGAUCAGCUAGUUAACGGAUGUGUCGUGAUCAAAAAGGUGUCGGAUUACGGGAGAGUAGAAAAGAUUAAACCAUAUAAUAGAGAUCCACGUGAUCUGAAGGGGAAGGGCCGGAGCUGUCAUCAAGUGCCCUCGGCCCUCAUUUUCACAGGAGCACCGGUUAGGUGCCAUGAGGAGGAAUUGUGA